AGACAUCCGAACGUCACUCAGCUUUUCCUCACGACCUGUGUUAAACACCUAAAGAGGUGAUUUCGUCAGCUGAGGUGACUCAUCACUUCCUGGGAGUUUUGUUUUACAUGAAAGGCUGAGACAGCAAGAAGACGACCUUUUUAACGAUGGCAGAACAUGGAAAGCCUUGUGACGUGCAGGAGGCCACUUAUUGCAUGAAUGGAGCUACAUGUUAUAAAAUACCCUCCAUGGAUUCACUAUCCUGCGUAUGCACUGAAAGUUAUAAAGGAAGCAGAUGUGAUCAGCUGUACCUCUUUAACCAGUCUCUGGAUGAAACAAACACAGGGUUAUUAGCAGCCGUCAUCCUCCUUGCCAUCCUCAUCUCAGUGGUGCUGGUAUUUCUUAUCUACCGUGUGUACAGGAUUUUAAAAUCCAGAGGCCAGAGCCAACAGAGCCAACAAGAGUACAGGAAAGCAGGAGUAUAAACUUUAUCAGAAAUGCUAAUCUGUUUUCCUUUUUUAAAUUUGUUUUUACAAAUUGUGUGUAUAUACUUUAGUAUUCAUAUCAAAUAAAAUUGACGUUAAUUUGUUUGAACAACUUGUCAAACUUAAAGGUUGAAUAAUGGAACACGAACGCUAAAGCGACAUCUAGUGUGAGGAGGUUGUAGUUGCAACAAUGCAACAAGGUCAUUCACUGCCGAAAUGUUAACUUUUUUAUUGGGUCCAUAGGCUUUACCUAAACUCACUCUGGUUUUAGAUCUUUUAUUGUUACUCCUCUUCUGAGAAGGAUAAUGACAUCUUCUGGGCUCAGAAGCAGCUGGCUUGCAGAAUUCACGAUUUUCCACAGUCCCAGCUUCACUGUGCCGUUCGAACUGCUUGGCAACCCGCAAUGGUGCCCUCUAUUGGCCUGUAGAUGUAAACAUAAACCCAGUGUUGUGGCCGUCAAAAUAAAUAUUAGAUUCUUGCUUUUAAAGAAAAUACUGUACCUUCACUCUGCACACCUCUAAAUGCCCCGCGGAUGUAAUAAUAAAAAAAUAAUGAUAGGAAAUUGUUCCGUAUUCAACCUGUAAUGAACAAAAACUACUAUUUUGGCCCUAAAUGUCAAAAUAUAUUUAUGAUUUCUGUUUUUUAUUUUAUUUUAUUUUUAGCUACAAAAUGUCAUAAUAUGCAACUAAAAUAGAAAACAAACAUACAGAAAGGAUGGCGCUUGCUACUGCAGUUAAAUCACAUUUCAACAUGUUUAUCUAGAGCUGUAGGAAAUGUAAGCAUACGCUUUUAUGGGGUCAGAAGAACUAUAAUGUAACAUACAACUGUGAGUAUUUGGUUUGAUUAAAUACUUUGUGUGAAUGUUUAAA